AGAACAAGUUUUAAAAGCCACCCCCGUGUGCUAAACUUCCUCUGUUUUGUGCAGAGCAACUGAGCUGUGCCUAGUCUGGAGCCGGGAACUCCCCAGCGGAAACCUUACACCCUGCAGCUCAAAUCCAGCGCUCUUUGCAGCCUCGCUGGGGAAACCCGAGCCGCCCUGCAAACGUGGCGAUCCAGCCCCCUCCCGCAGGCACACAGCCUCCCCUGCCCAAUAGCAAGCGCUGUAACAUCGGGGGACAGAGCAACCUUGCCUUGCAACCUCUCACGUGACUGGUUGGGGAGGAAGGCUGAGGGGCUUGUGAUCACAAGCCUGCAGUGGGUCAUUUGCAACUUGCAGCUGCAUUCCCAGGGUUGCCUGGGCGAUAGACUCUCAGCAACAGCUGGACCAGAGAAUGGGCUUCCAGGCUGCUUGCUGUUUCGUGCUGCUGCUUUGCACAGGAGGGUCACUCAGCAAACCCACUCUCAGGAAGGAGAGGGUCGUUCAUCCAGACCCUCCGCUCAGCGACCAGCUGCACGAAGAUAACCAAAGCUUCCAGUAUGACCAUGAGGCUUUUCUGGGCAAGGAGGAAGCCAAGACUUUCGAUCAGCUCACCCCAGAAGAAAGCAAAGAGAAGCUAGGGAAAAUUGUUGAUAGAAUAGAUAACAACAAAGACGGCUACGUCACAACAGAGGAACUGAAAAACUGGAUUAAGCGAGUGCAGAAACGCUACAUCUAUGAAAAUGUGGCUAAAGUCUGGAGAGAUUAUGAUGUAAACAAAGAUAACAAAAUAUCCUGGGAAGAAUACAAACAAGCCACGUAUGGUUAUUAUCUAGAAAAUCCAGAAGAAUUUCAAGAUGCGACUGAUCAACACAGUUUUAAAAAAAUGCUGCCCAGGGAUGAAAGGCGAUUCAAAACUGCAGACCUGGAUGGAGACUCAACUGCCACUCGUGAGGAGUUCACUGCCUUUCUUCAUCCGGAGGAGUUUGAGCAUAUGAAAGACAUUGUCGUCUUAGAAACACUGGAGGACAUAGACAAAAACGAGGAUGGUUUUGUGGAUCAAGAUGAGUACAUUGCUGAUAUGUUUUCACAUGAGGAAGGUGGACCUGAACCUGACUGGGUAAUUACUGAACGUGAGCAGUUUUCAGAUUUUCGAGAUAUAAACAAGGAUGGGAAGUUGGAUAAAGAGGAGAUUCAGCACUGGAUUCUCCCACAAGACUAUGAUCACGCACAAGCUGAAGCCAGGCACUUAGUCUAUGAAUCGGACGUAGACAAGGAUCAAAAGUUAACCAAAGAGGAGAUUCUAGAGAACUGGAACAUGUUUGUUGGCAGCCAAGCUACCAAUUAUGGGGAAGAUCUCACAAAAAAUCAUGACGAACUAUGAUAUUUUUUACAAUUCAGUGUGCCACAGACUGUUCAGUUUCUAACCACAUUAAUGACGUCACUGUGGUUUUUUUCCAGCUGAAUAACUUGCACCAAUAUGUUUUUAACAUAGCAGCUUAUUACCUCAGAAACGGGGUAGAAAUAGCCUCUUACUCUGCACCAUUAAAUGCAAGAGCUAGUCACUAUGAUUUUAUUUAAAAAAAAACCCUCACUGUUCUGAAUAGAUUGCAGUAUCACUUUGGGAAUGAAUGUCUAAGACUUAGAUCUUAGGCUCAUGAGAAGUUUUUCAUAUUUUCUUUAAAUGCCGUUGUUUUUCCUGUAGGGAAAUGCAGUUUUGAUCAGGAAGAAACUUAUUGAAUGUUUAAACAGAUUCCAAGUUUAGUGUUUCGUUUUUUUUUAAAAUAGUAACUAAGAAUUUAGAACCAUAUUCUCCCUUUCCCAUGUAAAGGAGAGAUCUUACCUGAUAAGAGCCAUCACCUUUUUUCC